AAAAAAAAAAAUAGUCGGUGAGAGAGAGGGUAUGGGGGUCUCUCUCUGGCGGAGUUAAUCCAAAGGGGAACAGAGAGAGAGAGAAAAAGAGAAAAAUUUUUAUACUGUCCCCCACCCCCCUUUUUUCCCCUUUUUAACUUAUUUAAACAUGGAGUUGCCAAAGAUUGAAUUAGUGUCAGCCAAGACAAACCUUUUUGAAACCCUCAAGACCGAAAGUUCAAACUAUGAUGGUCUUAUUGUUAUUUUCACUGACAAGCAAGCUUUAAUUGACUUGGUCCCUUCUGUCAAGAGACACAUGGAACUCGAUGCCACUUUUGGUUCCAGUCUUCAAUUAGUUCUUCCCAGCACUGCUGAACCCGCUGAACGUAUUCUCAUUGCACCCACAGGAUCUCUUCUUAACGAUUUUGACGAUGUCCGUCGUUUCAAAGACGUUGCUUAUGAGGCAGGUCUUCAAGCCUUAAAGGUCGGUAUGUCUCGUCCCUUGGUCUGUUUCGCUGACGAACCUGUCUCCACUGUGUCUCAAUGGACAUUUGGUCAAGACAACAGUGAUUACAAGCAUUUCUUGGAAGUCUCCAUGUUGGCCCUUUUAGAAUCCACCUUUGAACCUGUGGAUGUACGUCAACAUUAUGAAGCCACCGGUAAGUCCAUCACCACCUUUUCUCAUAUUGGCUUUGUAUCAGGUGCCGAUGUAGAUGCUACUGCCUUAGUAAACAAUGUGGCUGCCAUUGAGGCCGGUCGUCGUAUGUCAAAAGAUAUCGGUAACCCUGAUCCUGAGAUCAUGUCACCCAUCAAUGUUGCAAAGUACGUAGUGGAACAGUUCAAGGACAUUGAGAAUGUCAAGGUGACUGUCAUUGAUGAUAUGGAUAUUAUUUUAAAGAACUAUCCUUUGGCUCAUGCUGUGACCCGUGCUUCUUUACCUGUCCCCCGUCAUCAUCCUCGUAUUGUGCAUUUCGAGUAUGUUUCCCCCAACCAAUCUCAAGUCAAGGAAAACCUCUUCUUUGUUGGUAAAGGUGUUACCUAUGAUACAGGUGGAGCUGAUAUUAAGUGUAGUGGACAUAUGAGAGAUAUGUCUCGUGAUAAAUGUGGUGCUGCUGCUGUUGCUGGUCUCUUUAAGACCAUCUCUAUGUUGUCACCCGAAAAGGUGAAUGUGACAGGUGCUCUCUCUUUAGUACGUAAUUCUGUGGGACCCGAUAUGUAUGUGAGUGAUGAAGUGAUUGUUGCUCGUAGUGGUAAGCGUGUCCUUGUGGGUAAUACCGAUGCUGAAGGUCGUAUGGUGAUGACGGAUUUGUUGUGUGAAUUUAAGGAAAGAGCGGUUGCCCAUUUUAAUUCAGAUAGCGCAUCUGCUAAAGCACCCAGUCUUAUCUUUACCUGUGCUACCUUGACGGGUCAUGCUAUUCGUGCUUAUGGUGGUUAUGGUAUCAGUCUUGAUAAUGGAUUUGCACGCAAGAACAAGGUCAGUCAACGUAUUCAUGAUGCGGGACAUAUGAUGGCGGAUCCCUUUGAGAUUUCUACUUUACGUCGUGAGGAUCUUGAAUGUGUCAAGGCUGGAAGAUCCAGUGAAGAUAUUGUAUCUGCUAAUGAUCAACCUUCUACCAUGACAAACCGUGGUCAUCAAUACCCUGCUGGUUUCAUGAUUCAAGCCUCUGGUAUUGAUCAAUAUGGAUUAGAUAACAAGAGUGGAUUAUCCAUUGGUUUCACUCAUUUGGAUGUGGCUGGUUCGGCCGAAACUGUUUCUGCCGAGGCUUGGAGUUUACCCAGAGUGACAGGUUCGCCUGUCGCUGCUUUAACUGGCGCCUUUUUACUUUAAGUUCUGUGUGUGUGUGGGUCGUGUUUACGCAAGGCGCGUGUUAUAGUAGAGGGGGUAGAGGUGGAAAAGAUGAUUGCUGGGUAAUCUCUCACACCUUCCCUCCCUUUCUAUUGUAGGUAUAUCUUAAAAAAAUAUAAUAAAAAAUUAAGGUUUUUUUUUUUUUUUUAUUAUUAUCAUUAUUUGUUGUUGUGUGAGAAAAAGUGUUUGUGCUCAGGUACGGGAGUUAAUAAAGUAUCUUGUUCCAAUGCAGCUACCAUAUUAUCCAAAACUAAU